AUGCCUUAUCUCUACAUUUUCAUCGUGAUUGCUGCCAAUGCUAUUCAAUCAACAUUGGCUUCAUCAGGGGACAGGGACUCGCUAUAUUUAAACUGUCUACAGCGAAUGGCUCGUACUAGAUGUAGCUCAACAUCACAACCAGAGACCUUGUCAUUUUUCCUGGAGCUCUUGAGAUGGAGCUGCCACGACAACAUCAAAUACGAAUGUAUGCACGCUAUAACAGAUUAUCGUAUAAAAGACGGCCAAAAAGUCCUCCAGUAUUAUGGAAAAUGGCCAUUCACUCGCUUCAUGGGAAUGCAGGAACCAGCAUCCGUGCUAUUCUCUCUCAUCCAUCUGUAUACGUGUUGGAUUGGAUUUAGGAAUUGUAGAGAACGAAUCCGAUCUAGAUUCCCUCUGAAACGUGCCUAUUUAUUUUGUACUAUUGCAGGAAUGCACGCUUGGCUGUGGUCGGCCCUUUUUCACGCUAGAGAUAGACCAUGGACUGAAAAAGGAGACUACUUUGCAGGAGCCUUCUCCAUUAUAGUCAACACUGUAGUUUGUAUUGCACGUGUCUUUGACUUGUCUACAACGGGAUUCGGAAUAUUGCUAGCUGUAUCUAUACUGUAUUUUGUCUUUCACGUACUGUAUUUAACGUCAGGCCCAUUUGAUUAUGGGUAUAAUGUCGCCUCCAUGGCUAUUUGGGGUAUCAUAGGUUGUAUGACGUGGCUAGGAUGGUAUUGGAGACACUAUAAACGAUAUUAUGCUUGGAGAGCCGGUGUCGUCGCUAUAGGGUUGCCUCUUUGUAUGUCGUUGGAGGUGUGGGAUUUUCCACCUUGGAAGGGAGUGUUGGACGCGCACGCCAUUUGGCAUGGAAUAACGUGGCCGUUUGGAUUGUUGCUAUAUGAAUUCUUCAUUGUGGAUGCGAAUUAUGAGUCGACGAUGCUCCGAAACGACUGA